CGGGAGUUUAAUAGACUAUGCCGUACUGAUUCCAAACAGAAUUAAGACUUGAGUGUAGGAUUGUUCUCCGGGUCGAUGAUUUGUUCAUGCCAAUCUCUUGGACCAGUACAGAAAUCAUGGUUGCUGUAAUUAUCUACAACCUUAGCUAUAUCUUAGUAGACACCAUAUUCUUACACAUUAAAGAAGGCAAGGGUAUGUUUGUCGUCGUAGAUGAGGGCGGUCGUUUUGAAGCGCUACUUGAUAAAGGUGUAGGUUAAUCACUAGCAAUAUGUGCACCACACACACGAAACCCCAUCUGAUAGGAUCAAUGAUUUACUCGAUGCUAGAUAUAAUGAGGUGUUAUCUAAGUGCCAGGGGCUUCCCGUGCUAUGCCCAUUUAGUAUCAAGCAAUGAGACCUGCUAACUACCUUUCCCACCCCAGCAACCUCCGAUGUGUGCUCCGAACGGCAGUAGGUAUCAUCCGCUUGGUAUACUCCGCGCCGGAUGUGGGGACGUCAUUGCGCCAAACAAUAUCCGUGGAUUAUCGUACUGCUAUCAGCGGAAAGUCCUUGGUCAUACUCGAUAGCGACGAGAGUAGGACCAAUCUUCCUGACGAUACGCCUUUAUCUGUCUUAUUUCUAUCUUUCGUAAUAGAAAUGGAAAAGCUCCGACGGAAAUCGACCUAACUGUCUUAUACACCUGGUUUUCAAGUGUGGCUUCACAUAAAGUCAAGGGGUAAACCCUUUAAAAUUAUUCGAGAAGUUAGGUCGUUAUGCUGACAUGAAUAAAACCAGGCCCUACCUUCGGCAUAUGUAGGGCUUACAGAAC